UGAAAGGACUCUUAAACAGGCUGAGCUUUUCAUGCAAGCGAUACCAAAUUCACUGGAUGGUCCAAGUUUACUAAGGCCGGAGGAUCUUGCUUUCCAACCACGGGAGGAGAUUUCAUAUCGAGUGUUUUAUCCCGAUUUACGCACUGAUGAGCCGCUAGAAGUCAUCGAAAAUACAUAUCCAGAACUUUCCGGAAUUGAUUCCUCUCUUUUUUCUUACCAGCCGACGUCUUCGUAUGUGGUCAAGACGCUUCCGGAAGCAAAAGUUGAAAACAUCAAAGUAGUAGAUUAUCAUACCGACACAUUGCCUCCAAAGAUCAAGGAAUGUGGUUACAAUACUACUACGAAAUGCAACUUACCAGCAGAUCGCUUCCAAAGGUUUAUAGCUAAAGAUCCUCAUAAUGAUAACCAAUUUCCGGUUUCUUAUGACCUGGAUGAGCUAGAUGCAAUGUGGUUGAUUUACUACAAUGAAGCGCGAGCCUCCUCAGAUCCUGCUUGGAUACCUCUAUCCCACGAAUUUCUUGAAAUUAUGCUUACCAUUAUCGCUCGACAUUGGCUCUUGCUAGAUGCAUGGAUUCCCAAGAUUGAACCUGUUCGUAUAGAAGAUGAGCUCGAUGGCCGUUGUGUUAUCUGUAAUGAGUCAGAUUGUGAAACAAGUAAUGUCAUUGUUUUCUGUGAUAAUUGCAACAUGGCUGUUCACCAAAAUUGCUAUGGCAUUCCCUUUGUGCCUGAGGGUCAGUGGUUUUGUAAGCGGUGUUUACUUGCUGCCAACGAUGUCAUAUCCUGUGUUUGUUGCCCUGAUCGUGAUGGUGCUUUCCGCACAACUGUCGAUGGCCGUUGGUGUCAUACUGUUUGUGCAAUGGCAGUUCCUGAGAUCUCUUUUCAUGAUGCUGGUCGCUUGGAUUUGGUUCGGGAUUUUUAUGCUAUUCCUAAAUCUCGCUGGAAGCUCAUAUGCUGUGUUUGCAAACUACGCUGGGGUGCUUGUGUACAAUGUUCUGAGAAAAGCUGUUACACAGCAUUUCAUAUUACCUGCGCCAGGCGUGCUGGAUUUUAUUACAAAAUUCAUCCUCCUUUUAGUAAUUAUAGUCAAACAGAGGUAGAAUGUUUCUGCGAUAAACAUACGCCUCCUUCUCAUCUCGAAGGUGCCCUUCAACGACUUUAUCCACUUGCUGUUCAGUAUUAUAGGAGAAUGGCUUAUGAUGUCCCUUUAAACUAUGUUGCUUGUCGGGCACCUUCUGCUGUUCCAGAAGAACCUUGGAACUUUCGACCAUUACCUCGCUACAUUGUAGAAAAAGUAACGUCCACACUCAAAGAGUUGCGGUUGAAUGACAAUACCAAUGACUUGGAUGUUAUUAUUAUUGACAUUUGCAAGUACUAUCAAAUGAAGCGCAAGUUUCGACGAGACGCACCAUUGUUACGGUCUCAGAGACUUGCAGAUGAACUGGUAAAUCUUCCAGUGAAUGCCAUCAAACGACGCUAUCACUUUCUAGACAUUGCAAAGCAGCUUCGUGGACAAUAUGAAGACCUCUUAUCCCUUGUUGAAUUGACUGCUCGUCGACAGCGAAUAAAAAGUGAAUUAUCCCAGUUAAGAAAACAAUUUUUGACUACUAUUUAUUUUCCUUUACAAAGACUCAUAGAAGACAGCUUUGAAAGAAUUUGCCAGUUGGACACAAAAGGUAUCUUUAAUUCUCCCUUGGAGCACGGGUGGAUUGGUUGGAUUUCCUUGAAACAACUGGUUGUAAGUUACGAUAUUGAUGAUUUAUUUACUUUGGAACAAUACUUGUCUCAUAUUUGGAACAUAGAUGGACUUAUUCAAAGUAUAGAUGACAUGGAGCAACUUACCGCUGCUGUGCAACUGGCUCAGCAGUUUGAGCCGAAAGCCAAGAAAAUACUUGAAGAUGCUCAAAGCAGCUCUGAAUCAUUCAAGAAAGAUGACCGUGGAAACUUAUCUUUCCCGUCACUAAAGUUGGAAGGACUCGAAUGCGUUGGUUGGCCGGACUGUUUUGUUGAUACUGUGGAGCAAGCAAAGCUGGAAACUCCUUCCGAAGAAGCUUUCCAUAUGCUGGAGAGUUUUGUUAUAAAUCUCAGUCUAGAGGGAAAAUACGGUCGUUUUGCGUUGUCCGAUUUUUCCUCAAGUAUACAAAAUGAACAAUUAGAUGGUGUAAAAGCACCUGAAGCUGGCCCAAGGGAAGUGUUAAAAGAAAUUAACACCAAGAACCAAAAUUCAGAUACCGAGAAGGAAGAAUUCGAGGCUAAGAAUUUCGAUGGCUCCGACAGUGUUCCGAACUUAGCGAGACGAACGCGUUCAAUGACCAAAAAUAAUGAAGCGGAUGAACCAUAGGUCCCUCGUUGACCGGUUCUCUUGUUAAACCGUUUUUAAGGGAUGUUAAUAAUGUUUAAAUGCUUUCUUUUUUGCGUAACAAUAGUUUUGUUAUUAUUUGGAAAUACCUUACUUUCUUUCUUUCUAUGGACCACUGACUUGUAAUUUUUGUAAUGAGUUGAUUGAUUAUAAAUACAACAUAAAUAUAUUAUUUUAAUUUUAAUUUUUUAUUCGAAUUGUUAUUCAAC